UGUUUGGUUUCCCGGUUACCCUUCCCUGUUGUUUAUGAAGGCUUGGCCAGUGCGGACUGUUAAACACACGCACACGCAGUCAUGUUCUCGCACAAUGUGUACCUGGAGAACCCGUACCCUGCCGCUGACCCGGAACAGGGGGCGUCGGCUCCAGCGGUGGAAGUGGAACCGGUGAAGUCGCUGCAGUCUCAGGUGGAUGGCGUGAAAGACAUCAUGACCCAGAACGUGGAGCGAAUCCUGGCACGCGGAGAACGGCUCGAUGAUCUGAUGGACAAAUCCGAGGACCUGCAGGCCGGGGCGCAGAACUUCAAGCACACGUCGCAGAAGGUGGCACGCGCCUACUGGUGGAAGAACGUGAAGCUGAUCGUGGUGAUGGUCGUGAUUGUUGCCAUCAUCGUGCUCAUCAUCGUGUUGCUCGCUACAGGAGUGAUCCCGACAAAUGGCCAGUCGACAUCACCGACUACCAAACCACCAAAGUAACACCUUCGCACUCGCUCAUACGCACAGACCUACUUUAUACAGAAACCCGAAGGCACACACACUCAUGUUAGUCCAUUAAAAAAAAAAAAAAAAAGUCCCACUCGGACACAAGCGCCCUCAAGUACGAUUUCAUUCCAGUCCUAAACCCAAAUAUUUCUUUACCCUGUCUACGUUUUGGAAAACAAAAGCGUAAACCUUUUGUCCAAACAGGACAUCGAGAUGCGUUCUUAAAUAUCAUACAGCUCUGAAAUAACACCGAUGAUGUCAGAUCAUCAGAUAUUUGACGAAACGGCGAUAUCUGUUCACUCGAGUCAUCAAGCCCGAGUGCACAGUGUUAGCACGCGAUACGAUGUUUAUCUGUGGGAAAACAACAAAAUUUUAGGGGUUUUGUUUGCCGGAAUUUCCACGAAUUUAUAGAACUAUCUAGAAAUGAAAUCUGUAUGCUGGAACUUCGACAGAUGUAUUUUAGGUGUUACACGUUCAAGUAUCCGGAAUUUCACACAGAUCGCCGGGAUUUAAGAUACUCACGAAACUGCAUGUUGAAAAAUAUCUGGAAAUCUGCAAUUAAAGAUAUUUAUAAGUUGCACAUGGGAAAUGUUCAGGAAAAUGAACCCAGAUUUAAGGGAUGUCACCAUAUUUCUCAUACAGCGAACGCGUCUGGGGAAAACCCUAAAUAAUAGCUGGGGAUUGAAGACAUUUUAUAUUGAAUUAACCCCCAAGUUAAGAUCUUUUAAGAUUUAGAUGUGGAAUUGAACAGAUCUAGAAAUUUGCCCCGAAAUCAAUUGAAUUUAAGGAGAUUUAUUACCUAUUCAAAAAUAAGGCGAUAAGUGAACAUGUACCUUUUCAGUGAUUUGAAUUUAAACUUAAAUACUUUUUAACUAAAUUUGACUAGUUGGAAUUUGAAGUUACAACAUUUGACGUUACACAAUAAAUCACUAAUAAUUUGAAAAAAUGAACCGAAACAAAACUUGGAAACAAUAUCUGAACGGAUGUUGAAUUGUAUAAGACGUACACAAUGAAAAUAUCUGAUGAAUGAAGGAGAUUGUCAACUUUACUGUUACGGAGAUCUGGAAAUGAAACCUGAGGGCUGGAGAGAAGCUCCUUAUUAAAAAUGGGGAGAAUUGUAAGAGAUUUUUAGGUUGCAUAGUGAAAAUGUUAAUUAGUCCUUAAUGCUACAUGUUAAUAAUAACAACGAUAAAAUCACCCUUAAUUCUGAAAGUUGUACGUUUUAAACAGCAUUUCAUCUGCUGCGUGAACGGAUUCCUCAAUGUACUAAUGAUACAGUGUGUGUGUGUGAAUUUUUUUGCCCAAGUGUGUGUGUGUGUGUGUGUGUGUGUGUGUGUGUGUUUUUACACGAUGAAAAUGUCCUUUGUUUUUGUUUUUUUUUGUUGUAACUGUUUGUUUUGAAGGCCGAGUUUAAAAUCAGUACGGACAAUAGCGCAGAUGCACUUUGCUUCAAUGUGGGUUUAACGUUUUGCUUUAACAUUCCUGUCACUGCUGUUAAACUCAACAUUUAUCAGAUUUUCCUUGUUGAGAAAGAAAAGGGAAAAAAAAAAUGCACCCUCUUUACAGUUCUCUAGUGGCCAGUUUUGAUUCCAACAUUUUUACAUCUUGCACAGCUUUGAUUGAAAGAACUACUGGCUACAUUUACUAUAUUUAUAUAUAUAUAUAUAUAUAUAUAUUAUACACACACAGUACUGUGCAAAAGUUUUAGGCACCCUAUUUAUUUUAAGUACAAACUUUGUUAUAGAUUUUUAUCUUAUGACCUUCUACAUUAUCAAGUCAGUACAAAAGAAACCAUUUUAGAUUCCCAAACAUUAGUUUUCUAGCUCAAAAUUAAGUGUUACAGAAAAUCGUUUGUAUGUAAUUAAAGAAAGCAUAUCACUUUUUAGACAAAAAAAAAAAACCACACACACAACGAAGGCUGCUGGGUUUCGCUGCAAAAAUAAGAAGCGAGUGUGAAAGUCAUAGUCUCCAGAAAAAUCGUAGCUGGUUCUGCAAGAUGCUCGGUAAAACUUACAGCUCAUUUCCUUAUAAAACGGUACACAUUGUACUGGAGACUUUUUUUUUUUUUUUUUUGGUCACACCAAACAUUGACUUUGUUUCAUUUACUACUGUUUACUGCUCUUUAUGGUGUUUUAUUUAAAUGUAGAAACAUUUAAUAUCAUUAUUUUGAAGGCAGAUAUAUAUAAAUAAUACGUUUUUUUUUGUUUCAGUAGAAAUGUGCAGAGUAAAUCUAAUCAGUGAUGGUAUCAGAGCUACGAUUAAGUGCGAUAGUAAACAGACUUAAUCAGAGCCUAUUUUUUUUUUUGUCUAAAUUUCUGUCAAUAAGCUCUUUGUGGUUUUGCUGUCAAUCUGUGGAAAUCUUGCGAGGUCAAAAUCGCUUCUUUCUGUAAAUAUUUUAGUCGUUUCUGUUGUAACUGUUCACACCAAUCUCGUGCUGUAGCAUCCAGUAACGUUUAGAAUGUUACAUAUCCAAUUUUAUUUAUUGUAAAGCUGUUUGUAGGUGCCUUGUUGUCUUAUAGUCUUGACUUGAAUCAGAAAAGUGAUCAUUUAUUAAUACACACUGCCUCUUUUAAAAUCAGUCUCAUACUUGUUAUUGGAGGAGUUAAGGGCUAAAAUGUAUACGCGUGUAUAUUCUGAGCACGCACCACAACACCCGAUUACAUCGACUAAGCUGCUGUGUGUGAGCGGGUGGUGUGUUUCUGGGUCAGAUCAAAUACUCAACCAGUGCUGGGGCUUUGGAUGAGAAUCAAGAGUUAUAAUGAAAUAAAAUCUGAAAAACCUGUAAGAGCUAUUUUUAAAAAUAAACAAUUGAUGUGUCAUUAAA